AAAAAUAAAAAACAGUGCAAAUAAUUUUUAUAGAAGAAAAAGGAAAAGAAAAAUAAACAAAUUAAUACGUACUUACAUAUAUAUGCAAUUUAUAUAUAUAAAAAAAUAAAACAAUUCUGCUGUAAUCAGUAAAAACAAUAAAGAAUUACCUCCUCAACCAGACAAUAGUUCAGAAAUUAAAUACCAACAAAACAAAUCAUUGAUUUUAUUAUUUUACACCGAAGAAAAUAGCAUAGAAAAAAAAGGAAAGAGUUGUAAGCGAUAUGGAUUCGGCAGAGAAUAAACCACCAAUACUACAUAUUUUGGUAGUGGGUUUUCAUCACAAGUUGGGUUGUCAGGUGGAGUUUUCGUAUCCCCCCUUGGUCAAGGGUACAACUGGCAUGAACGAAUGUCCGUCCGGUUGGAAAUAUUUAUCAACCCUGGCCUUGCCCGAUGGCUCACAUAACUUCACCGAAGAUACAGUAUUUUUUAAUCUGCCCAGUCUAACAGAUCCUACAGAAAGUGUUUAUGGUGUUUCUUGCUAUCGUCAGAUACCCGUGGAAAGACUGAAAAUACGAACGGCUGACGUUACGCGCAGUACGGUGCAAAAAUCAGUUUGUUGUUUGGCUCGUUUGCCCAUAUACGGUUACAUCGAAGUGAAACUGGCUCUGAUUGCUGAUGCAUUUUUUGAAACGGGUGAUUUUGCUUCUACUGAGCUCUUGGUAAAGGCUUAUCAACAAUUAAAUGCAUGCUUAAUGAGCGAUGAGUCACGUCGACCACUACGUCAUUUCCAUGUGGGCUUAUCUUUGCGGGAAAUUGUUCUACAGUGGCGUCACAAAACCUUGCAGUUAUUUAAAUUGUUUCUCUUGCAAAGAAGGGUGGUAUGUUUUGGAUCUCCUGUGCGCACCAUGUGUGCUUUGAUUUUGGGUAUUUCCUCGUUAAUACCGAGACUUUUGGAGAAAGGUUUCCAGGAGGUGGCCUGUGUUAGAACCUCUCGUCCACUGUCACCCAUGCCCGACUAUACAGAAUCUCUGAUAAAAGCCGACGACUGUAGGGAAGAUCGAAAUGAUGCUGACGAAAAAGAAGAUAUUAAAACGGAAAAACCGGAGGUAGAGGAGGAUAUUAUGCCUACAGAUAUUGAUAAUUGUGCUGGUGGUGAUUUUGUGGACAAUACCAGCAGUAUUAUGACGGCCACAACGGAAAGUAUUAAGUCGAAUAAUAGCGAUAGCAGUUCGACACCUACGGGUAAGGAUGCUGAGGCAUCUGAUGCCUCAUCUUUGACAAAUGUAGCUGUAGAGGUUGGUGGUAGCAAACGUUUAGAACGUAGUAAUUCAUUUACUAGACAACCCAGUGAGGAUACCUCAUCCAUCGCAACUCUCACCGCUUUAACUAUGGUCAAUCCCGACGAGUAUCGUUCACCCAUUUCGAUAUUUGCCAGCGGUAAUCUAUGCUUGCCUUAUCUCUCGUUGCCAUAUAUGGAUCUGCUCACCGAUCCCUCUGUUCUCAGUUACGUUAUUGGUACCUCGAAUGUAUUGUUUCAACAGAAACACCAUUUGGCCGAGGUACUGGUGGACAUUGAAAAUGGAAAUCUCGAUAUACGUGAUUCGGAACUAAGAAAACAGUUAGUUUUAACUACAGAAGACCUCAGAUUUAUGGACUUUUUGCUAAAACAUGUACAUGCGCCCAAAGAAGAUGCAGAGGGCAGUGAACACUGGAUACGUAAUCAAUUUCAGGGUUAUACGUUGGCAUUAUUGCGUACCACAGUGGCCACCGAUGCCACCUCUAAAGAUGCCGAUCAUUUUAAUAUAAAUUUCAUGAAUGCUUUUCAAAAGACCCAGUGUUUUCAAGAGUGGUUUGACGUCAAGCCGGAUACAGAGUUCUUUGAGCAACUGCCAGCUGGUCAUCCAUUUUCGGGUACAUUGUCGGUGGCAGAUAUGAAAUUGAAGUUGGCACAAACCAUGCAAAAUAGCGAAAGUGGCCGUAAAAUAAAUCAAGCGGUUAACAACACUAGUCGUGCAGUGGGUGGUGCCAUUUCUCAAGCCAAAGGCGCAUUUUCCUAUUGGUGGUCUUCAAUUACUACCACUCCAGCCAACUCGGCAUCUCCCUCCUCCGAUCCCGGCAAUACUGCAGACGUAAACUCCACUCGACCCCAAGAAAUCUCCGUAACAUUCCAAAAUAAUUCCAAUGAAGACAAAAUUGAAGUAGGUAUAAGUGUACACACCGAAGAGGGUGUAGUUUAUAAGAAAAUUAACGAAGACGAAGAAUCAAACCAGGGUACUCCCAUUAACAAACCCUCUGCAGGAAGCCAGGAUGAAAAACUAAUCGAUAGUGCUGAAGAAUUAAUGGAGGAAAAUCAAUUGGAUAAAAUAAGACCAGCUGUUAACACAGAAAAUCAAACCGCUGUUACAAAUACCGAGGUACAGCCCCGACGAGGUAUUGUAGAGAUUGCCAAAGAGGCUGAAGUACUCGACAAGGAAGACAAUAAACAAAAUGAAACUUUAAACAAUUGCGGAGCAAUUGAAGUGGCUGAUUCAACUGACACCACAACAACUACAACCUGCACAAACGGGGCUAUUUUUAUAGUAUAAUAAAGAAACGAAUUUGUAUAAAAUGCCUAGCUUGACAUUGUGUUUGUGUACCAGGACCCAAGUCCCAUUUAUCCUCAGUGCAUCUCCCUCAUUAUAAUAUUUAUAUACGAUAUAUGAUAUAUAUAAUUUAUAUUUUUAGUACAUUAAAAAAAACCUCCCCUUAAAUGGGAGUAGACAUUAAACAAAUGGCCUGAGUUUGCCAGUAUAAUGUAUUGCUACUCCUAGAACUUUUGAUAAGUCAUUUUGGUGAUCUCUCUCUCCCUCCUUCCCCUAGACUUAAACAGUCCUUAUUUGAUAUUUUGUAAAACCCACAAUAACAACUGGUUAUGUUUGUUACCAGUAUUUGAAUAAUUUCACAUCUAGUUGUUACUGUUGGUUUUAAAUUGUGCAGUCUGCUGAAUAUUUGUUUGAUGUUCUUUAAAAAUACACAAAAUAUUUAUUAAAAGUAAACAAAUUUGUAUAAUUAAUUGAAAUGGAUUUAUUAAAAAUUAAAAAAAAGAAUGACAAAAACAAACAACCUAUAAUUAAUCUUUUUAAAUAACAUGUUUAAAUAAAGAAAAGCAAAAAGCCAAAGCUAAAAAUUACAAAAAAAAAGAAAGAAACAA